AUGGCCACAGGGAAGACAGAAAAGGCCCGUAGGUCCAGACAGGGUGACCUGCGAGACGGUAACCUCAGAGUCAAGGGUGAGAACUUCUACAGAGAUGCAAAGAAGGUGAAGCAUCUGAGCAUGUAUAAAGAGGGACGUGCUGUGAGGAAUGCCAAAGGUGAAAUCAUUCAGGCUGCCAAUCUUCAGGACACGAAGAUCCCAGUUGCUCGUGUCGACCCCAACAGACGUUGGUUCGGUAACACCAGAGUGAUUGCCCAAGAUGCUUUGACCCAUUUCCGCGAAGCGCUUGGCGAUAAGAAGCGUGAUUCGUACCAGGUGUUACUCAAACGUAACAAACUACCCAUGUCCCUGUUAGACGAGAAAGACUCAACCGAUUCACCCAGACUGAAUAUUCUGGAGACAGAGAGCUACGAGAAGACUUUCGGCCCCAAAGCCCAGAGGAAGAAGCCCAAUGUCCAGGCCUCGUCACUCGAGGAGCUGGCGUCGUUGACCGAGAAGGACCAGACGGAUUAUCAGGAAAAGCUGGAGCUCGGCACCACGCUUGGUUUGAUGGGCGCGGACCCUUCAACAAACGAAUGGUCUGCCGAAGCCAAGGAGGCCAUUUUCAACAAGGGUCAGUCCAAGCGUAUUUGGAACGAGCUCUACAAGGUAAUUGAUUCUUCAGAUGUGGUGAUCCAUGUUCUGGACGCUAGGGACCCUCUGGGAACAAGAUGUCAGACCGUGGAGCAGUACAUCCAGAAGGAAUGCCCUCACAAGCAUCUUGUGUUUGUGCUCAACAAGUGUGAUUUGGUACCCACCUGGGUUGCGGCUGCUUGGGUGAAACAUUUGUCUAAAGACUAUCCGACAUUGGCAUUUCAUGCUUCGAUCACCAACUCGUUUGGUAAGGGUUCGUUGAUUCAGCUGUUACGCCAGUUCUCGUCAUUGCACUCAGACAGAAAGCAGGUAAGUGUUGGGUUUAUUGGAUAUCCUAACACUGGUAAAUCGAGUAUCAUCAACACUCUUAGGAGGAAGAAGGUGUGCACUGUGGCACCAAUUCCUGGUGAGACUAAGGUCUGGCAGUACAUCACGCUGAUGAAGCGUAUUUUCUUGAUCGACUGUCCAGGAAUUGUUCCUCCUUCAACGAAGGACACCGAGGCUGAUAUUCUGUUCAGAGGAGUUGUUAGAGUUGAGCAUGUGUCCAACCCAGAACAGUUUAUUCCUGAUCUGUUGGAGAAGUGUAAGAGACAGCAUCUCGAACGCACGUACGAGAUCUCUGGAUGGAAGGACUCUAACGAAUUUAUCGAGAUCUUGGCCCGUAAGCUCGGAAGAUUAUUGAAGGGUGGCGAGCCUGAUGAGACUGGAGUAGCCAAACAGGUGUUGAACGAUUUCAACAGAGGUAAAAUCCCAUGGUUUGUUCCACCUCCUCAGGAUGAAGAGGACAGAGAGGGAGGUGUUGAUAAGAAGGCUCACUAUAAGAGAAAGCGUGAGGAGAGGGAGAAGGCCAAGGAAGAAGCUGAGAGAGACUCAGAUGAGGACGAGUACAUGAAGGACUCCGAGGAUUCUGAAGAAACUGACGACAAGUCCAGGAAGAAGACGAAGACAAACGAGGAGUGGAGUGGACUCUCUGAAUAG